AUGUCAACUCCGCCGUCGCCGCGCGCACAUAACAAAUCUUUGCAAAGGAAGAGGGAUCGACCGCCGGCUCUUGACAUCCACGAAUUGCAACAAAAUAAGCCUUCUUCGGAUACCGAUGUCUUCCUUCGUGCAGCAGCCGUACAGCCCAGUGUCCAUGUUGAACUUGCACCUUCAGAAGAGGAACAGCCUGUAGAUUCGGAUUAUCCUCAGUCGCGUGCUGGCUCGGCAACUUCUUCUUUAGAUCCUUACUACUUUGGGAUCCAGUCUCCUUCUGAUUCACCUGUCCCUCCGCUACCUACAAGUGGCGCUUUCAGUAUUCGAACACCCAACCGGUCGCCCUUACAGGAACCAUAUACACCGGCAAAAGAUCCCUCUUCAAUUGACAGACGCGGUUUGGUCGGUGUGGGCGAACUCACUACACCAAGGUGGACUCGGAAUGAGCAAGCUGAACGAACUCCAGCAAGUGUGGAUGACAAUGAAGACUAUCAGAUAGUAGCAUCUGGCAACGAGAAUGAUGAACAGGACGUCCCGGACAGUCCUUGGACUAUUGAAGCAGUGGAUGGGGAAAUGUCUGAGAAGGAAGAAUUGGUAGAGGCCAAAUCAACCCAUAGGCUACGAGGGAGGCCGUCGAUGACGGAAGAAAGCGGGGGAGAAGAAGUUCUCUACCCUCGAAAGCCUUCGACAGCCGUCCCAAGGCUACCUGAUCUGCCACCUGCAGAUACUUUCAGCUCUGCCUUUUCCAUUUCAUCUGCUCCAGUCGAUGCCGUUGUUGUCAAUUCUCCUCCACCAAGCGCCUUCUCACAACCGCAGCAGCGCAAGGCCAGGAAACGAUCUUCAGACGAGUUCGAGAUGGACCAAACAGGGUUACUUGUAACCAGGCGUGUUUCCUCCACAGAUAGAUCCAAGGAGGAGAAACCCGUUUCACGCAAGCACCGAAGUGUAACGGCUACUGUCUCGCCGCCCUCAUCGCGUGAUGGGCGGGGCAAAGAGCGACGUAGAGAGAGCUCUGGACUGACCAUGAGUAGUAGCAGUAUGAAGUUGAAGCCCCAUAGUCGGCAUGCCUCACUGAGUUCAUCUUCCUCUAACAUGGGAGACAACAAGCGCGCCACUACAGGAGCAGAUUACUCACAUCUGCCCCCUUCACCAUCAACUUCCUCCAUCCAACACUUCUUGAAGAAUACUGGUGCCGGCCCCAAUACACCUCCAUUAAGCGCAUCAAAGGAAUUAGGUCAUCCGUCGCCUAGCGUGGCUCACUCCCUUCUUCGAGGUACCCAAGAAGGCUGGUCUGGGAUGGGUGACGAGGCCACUGCUGAAGCUUUGCGAAAAUUAGACGGAUUGUCUGGGAAGACUGCUCGCGCGCGUGCCAGCAUUGGUAGUUUCGGACGUCCGCAUAGUCAAAGUCGGCCCGGUACGCCGGCCAGUAGGACGGGAACGGGUACUCAAUGGGAAGGUGUAGGCUCUUCCAGUGACGGUGGGGUGAAGCGUAGAGGUAGUAGUCAUCGGGAGAGCGCGAACAGUGUCAAGGAGAAGGAGUCACGCUCGGUCGUUGGUCUGGGCCUUGGUAUCAUGGGUCCUAACCUCGACGUGGAGCCUAUCGGAAGUGCAAAUCCUAGCAGCGACGAACAGCCUUUGAAAUAUGCUCCUUCCAUCACUGUUGAGAAGACCCCAAAGAAGUCAGGGACAGCAAGUGCCCGAUCCAGUUUCACACCGAAACGAGGUUCCACUUCUUCGGCAACUAAUACUAGCACCCCUACCACGAGUUCUCGGGAUUCUGUGACCAUGUCGGCAGCGACGAGCAUGACUUCCAUGUCAUCUGUUCGACAUUCUGUCAGCAAAACCAGGAGGAAUAGUGCCGGCAGCGACGUCUCUAGUAUACAUUCCAGCGAUGCAAACUCUCUCAAGGACCGCGUUGCUUCCAUUGCUUCUAACGGUGAUGGAAAUGAAGAUGAUAUUGUGCCUCCUGUCCCACCUCUCCCCAAAGAUUUGUCAACAUAUCGUACACCGCCAGCGACUGCAGUCAGUCUCUCCUUUCCUCAUAUCCAGGAAGACAAGCCGCGUAACAGUCACGACAGCGACCGCGGCGCGGCCUUGAAGGUCGCUCCUUUAAAUGAUGCGGGAGGGUCAUCUAAACAGACGUCCAAUCGUCGCCAGAGUCAACCUAUUGCCGCGUCCGAACCUCCUCUUGCAGUCCCGAAGACACCUUCGAAGAAAUGGAGUUUCUCCAAUGCUUUGAAUCUGAAAUUGACAGGCUCUCCUUCUUCUAAAUCUUCAGGAUUCCCGGUAAGCUCACAAGCUGUUGCAUUUAACAGCCAGCAAUCUCAAUCGCACCCUUCUCAGUUGCGCAAGUCGACGUCGAAAGAGCAAGCUCUCUCCCCAUCUGUUGUUCCAGCUAAGAGUCCUUGGUCCCCAAGGCAUCCUGACGCAAUGGGAUCCGCCGCUUCAUUGACAUCUCUCUCAUCUGUCGGGUCUGUACGUACCCCAGCCGUUGCAUCUACUGCUAACACUCCCUCUGCUGUUUCGAGUAGAGCUGGCACCAACUCUAGUGCAACUCCUCAAACCUAUGCUGGUCCUUUGAGCCCUUCCUCGUCUAUUCAUCGCAAUCAGUCUAAGCGGCUUACACCUUCUUCGAUUCCUUUCUUCCUACCUUCCAAUACCAUCUCAGCAACAUCCCCGAUUGACUCUGCGACCUCUCCGAUGCCGGAUUAUGCCACUCAAUCCACCUUAUCAUCUGUUCUGAGCUUAGGGUCCCUUCUGAAAUCUAGCUCGAGGAAGAGUCUGCAUGGCGAUUCUUCAAAGGAGGUUGCGAGAGAAUUACAAAAAGUGAGAGAUGCUGCCAAGGAGUCAGAGAGGGAGGCUGUUCGAGUAGACAAGGAGAGGCAAAAGAGAGAAGAUAAAGAGGGAAGGAUAUCUGUGCUUAUGGGACGCAAACGCGGAAAAACUCUUUCAGCGGCUGAUCCCAAAAAGCCACGCUCUCCUCCGGCUUUGCCACCUAUGCAAAUGUCUGCUUUAGAGCCUGCAACGGCUCAAAGAGUAGCACGACUAAAGGCUCCUGGUACAACUGCCACUGCUCCGACUGCUUCCAGUAUUUCGCGUGUUGCCUCGACUUCGUCUCGAGCCACGUCUCAGACUGCUAGCUCUAUGCAAAAGCUCUCAGAUACCUCCCUUCGCACACGUAACCAGCUGCCGACCAUUGCUGGUUCGCCGUCUGUUGGAACAAUAACAGCGACUACUAAGGAGAACAAGGAGCCGCCACCGUCCACAUUGAUGAACACUGUUUCAGGAAAUCCUAAAGAAACCCCCACGAAAAUUCCUCGCAUCUCAAGUCGCACAUCUGCUAUUUCGCCUCCAUUGAAAAGUGGUAAUACGACUCGCCGUGCGAGCGGACUGGUUUCUUCUACGAAUCCGUCUCCAACUGCCAGUCAAUCUACUAAUGAAUUCGGGGUAAUUGAGAAUGGCGAUGGGCCGACUCCGAAAAUGACCUCGAAGACUGCUUCCACUAGGAACUCUCCUUCAGCAGCUGCCAAUACCUCUACUUCUCGGGUACCGCGGCAAGUUUCUAUUAGCACGUCAACCUCUGGAAGUAUCCUUCCACGAAAAAGCAAUAGAGAGUCGAUAUCAUUUGGUCUGCGGAAGGCUUCAACUGGCUCUGUGGCUUCAAUGUCAACAGCUGCUAACACUAGUACAACAGCGAUGAACGAGACUUCGACUUCUCACCACCGGUUUUCCGCUCUUUCCCCAUCAAGAGGGCUCAAACUGCUCAGUCCAAAGAUUUCUUUGUCAUCUGCUCGUUCUUCGCACGCGAGCAGCUCACAAAGCGUUGCUCCUGCUGCCACUCCGACAUCUAGUAGGCAGUCAUUGACCACGCCUUCACCCGCUCCGAGCUCGGUAGAUGAAGAGGAACAAGCCGGCGAUGAAGAAAUGCUACAAUAUAUCAAGCGACAACAGUCUCACAAACUGCAAGCUGGUGCCACGCAGGAAGAGCUUGACAAACUUUUGAAAUUUCCUGAACCGAUUCCACCUACUAGCCCUAAGACACCUCCAGCGGUCUUGAAAAGUAGCCAAGAUCAAUACCUAUGCGAUUUUGAACGAACGGAGAUCCAGGAUUAUCCCAAUGUGUAUUAUAUCGGUGCUCGCAGCAAGAAACAUGACGCUUCCCUGGACCACACGACCAACAAUUAUGGUUAUGAUGAUGAUCGUGGAGAUUAUCUAGUGGUCAACCAUGAUCAUCUCGCAUAUCGAUAUGAAGUCAUUGACACUCUAGGAAAAGGUUCAUUUGGGCAGGUUCUUCACUGCAGGGACUAUUGUACCGGAGAAUCAGUCGCUAUCAAGAUAAUCCGCAACAAGAAAAGAUUUCAUCACCAAGCUCUCGUAGAAAUUAAAAUCUUGGACAAUCUUCGUAAAUGGGAUGCAGAAGAGAAACACCAUGUCAUCAAAAUGACAGAACACUUCUACUUCCGAAAUCAUCUGUGUAUCGCGAUGGAACUACUAAGUAUCAAUCUUUACGAACUUAUCAAGGCAAACGGCUUUGUAGGCUUCACUACAGCACUUAUACGACGUUUCACGAGUCAAAUGUUAAUGUCGCUGACUCUCAUGCGCCACCAUCGCAUUGUUCACUGCGAUCUCAAACCCGAAAACGUUCUACUACGUCACCCUGCAAAGAGUGCCAUUAAAGUGAUAGAUUUUGGUAGCAGUUGUCUGGAACACGAGAAAAUCUACACUUACAUCCAAAGUCGGUUCUAUCGUUCGCCGGAAGUUAUUCUAGGCAUGAACUACCACAUGGCCAUCGACAUGUGGAGCUUAGGGUGUAUUCUUGCGGAACUCUAUACAGGCUAUCCAAUAUUCCCUGGCGAAAAUGAGCAAGAGCAACUUUCCUGUAUCAUGGAGGUUCUUGGCGUUCCGGAUAAGGAAUUCGUUAAUCGUAGCUCUCGCAAAAAGCUCUUCUUCGAAACUAACGGCGCUCCUCGUGCGGUGAUAAAUUCGAAAGGCCGCCGACGUCGACCUGGUACCAAAACUCUUGCCCAAGUCUUGCGUUGCAACGAUGAAGAUUUCAUUGAUUUCAUUGCGAAGUGUCUUGUUUGGGAUCCGGAGCGCCGUAUCAAACCUCAGGCUGCCUUGCGUCAUCCUUUUAUCACGGCCGGCCGUAAACCAAAACCUCCACCGUCCUCUAGCAAGAGUACACUGUCCUCAUCCACUCUAAGUGGACGUAAGAAGGAAUUGAUGGAGACCCCGAAAAAAUCUCUCAUCGGCGCUCCCACUCCUCUUACUGCGCGUUCAUCGAGGACGACGGGCAAUGUGCUAACUACACCAAAUACCUCGACACAUAGUUCGACGCUCACCUCUUCAUCUCGCUCUUAUCGUACCUCACAGGCUCACAGCCUAUCGUCUCAUCAUUCAAAUCGUGUCCUGAAUGGCUAUGUGGUUUCCACUAACGAGUUCCGUAGGCAGCUGGAAAAUAAACUUUACUCAUCCCUAGUUCAAUAA